GCUACAGCCUCUUCAUUUUCAGCAAAUGAAUCUGGCACUGAAGACUGACAAGAGAACAGAACAGUGAGCCAAGAUUGGAACAAGUCAAGAACGUGAACAAAACACCACAGAAGGCUCUUGAGGCUCUCUGUUGGAUAUUCAGGACUGGUGUGUGGCUGAGACUAUCUGCACCAUGAACAGCUUCAUGGUUACAGUCUUCAUCUGGAUCACAGUGGCAUAUGCUGAAGUAGAGAAGGCACUUGAAGAGAUCUAUGAGGACGGUUUUCGAAAGUGCCAGAAUGCUUUGCAUCUACCUGUUUUGGAAGUGCUACCUGGAGGAGGCUGGGAUAACCUGAGGAAUAUGGACAUGGGACAAGUGAUGGACUUGACAUACACCAAGUGUAAAACCACAGAAGAUGGACUGUACAUCAUCCCUGAUCAAGUCUUCACUAUUCCUCACAAAGAGAGCAACCUGGAGUUGAACUCAGAAAUCCUGGAAUCUUGGGAGAAUUACCGAAGCACCACCUCAUUUUCCAUCAACUUGAAUCUCGAUUAUCGUCCUAAAGUCAACGGCAAAUUCUCUACUGAGUUCCAAAGGAUAAAGACCCGUCAAGUGAGAGACCAUGCUGUAACUACACGAGUGCAGGUGAGAAAUUUGUUCUACACGGUGAAAACCGACCCAAAUGCAGAGCUUAACUUGGGGUUUAAGAAGGAGCUCAUGGAAAUCUGUUACCGUUUAGAGAAAAACCAGACGAAGAUGGCCACCUACCUGGCAGAACUCUUGGUCCUCAAUUAUGGCACACACAUAAUCACCAGUGUGGAUGCUGGGGCUGCACUGGUUCAGGAGGAUCACAUCAAGUCCUCCUUCCUUAAGAACAAUAAGGGAAACCGUUUUGCUGUGACUGCAUCUGCUGGAUUUACCUUCGCAAAGGUUUUGGACUUCAAAAUAGAGGCAGGCUUUGGCUAUCAAAAUCACUUGGCCACAGGCUAUCUUGAAAACAGAACUGAUUCUAGGGUGCAAAGCAUUGGAGGGAUUCCCUUCUACCCAGGGAUGACCAUUGAAACCUGGCAGAAUGGCAUCCUUAACCACCUAGUGGCAGUGGACCGUGCUGGUUUGCCCCUGCAUUUCUUUAUCAAGCCUGAAAAGCUGCCUGGUUUUCCACACCACUUGGUGGAGCAGCUGGCGAAGACAGUGGAAACUGCUGCGAAAAGCUAUUACAACUUUAACACGUACCCAGGCUGCACAAAUAUCAACUCCCCCAACUUCGAUUUUCAGGCCAAUACAGAUGAUGGCUCUUGUGAUGGUAAAGUAGUCAACUCUCCCUUUGGAGGGGUUUAUCAGUUGUGUGUUCAAAUAUCAGGGCAUGGUCACGAGGACAUGUGCCAAGAUUUCCGUCAGAAGAAUCCACUUACUGGUUAUUUCUCUUGUCCCUCUGGCUAUACCCCUGUCCAUCUGCUGUCUCAGCCCCAUGAGAAGGGUUAUGUAGAAAAGGAAUGUAGAAAUAAAUGUAUCCUCAAGAUAUUCUGCAAUCUGGAGUGUAAAGAUGUGUUCCGAGUGGCCAAGGCUGAAGUUAAAGCUUAUUGGUGUGUGGCCAGUAGCCAAGUACCGGACAACUCAGGACUUCUCUUUGGAGGAGUCUUCACUGACAAGAGCAUCAACCCAACGACAAAUGCACAUUCAUGCCCAACCAGUUACUUUCCUCUGAAGCUGUUUGAGAACCUCAAGGUAUGUGUUUCUCUGGAUCAUGAAUUGGGGCCCAAAUUUUCAAUCCCCUUUGGUGGGUUCUUUAGCUGCACACAAGGGAACCCCCUGUAUAAUUCUUCCACAUCUGGAGACUUAGAGAAAUCAUUUCAGCAAAAGUGUCCUGGGGGCUUCAGUCAACAGCUAGCUGUGAUCAUUGAUGGAUGCCAAGUGUCCUACUGUGUCAAGGCUGGAAUCUUUACAAAAGCAUCUCUGGCUCCUGCUAGGCUCCCACCUUACACUCAGCUACCUAUGAGUGAGUUUUCCACUGACCCAGUUGAUGUGAUAAGUAGUGAGAAUGCCAAAUCCUGGGUUAAGGACCCCUAUACCCUGCAAUGGAGUCUAGAGGAGCCAUCAAACACUGGUGGGCUCUCAGGAGGAUCAACUGCUGGAAUCACAGUUGUGGUUAUCCUAGCAUUAGGGGUUUUAAUUGCCAUGGCCAUCUAUGGCAAACGGAGAUUUAAGAAGAAUGAAUCCAAUGAAGUUCCAAGACCACAGACGUUUCUUCCUUUUCCAAGAGCUAGAGCCACUCCUGAUGGAGUGUAGAAUCCAAAUCCAGCUCCUAUCAUCUCCAGGCACAGGUUCAAGUUCCUCUUUCAGUCGUUUCUCCUCCACCUCUGCCUUUCUAAGAAGUAAACCAGAAGUCACAACAGAAAGAAGGAUUUUUAUAACUCUGUGGUUAUGUUUAUGUUUACGCACUGGGAAUUAGUGGAUCUGUGCAAACAAAGCAGGGGAAGGAAGACUUGCAACUCAGUCAGUAAGAACAAGCCCAGGUUUUCAGCCACAGUAGGAAUUCCCAAACAAGCCAAUGGGUAUUCACCUGAGUCUCUGCACGUAAGAGCAACUGGGAUGGACAGCAACAAGAACUUUGGGAUGAAGCUCCACUUAGUGUGAAGUUGGAGGAGGGUUUCCAAUUUGUGAGCAGGAACACUUUGCCUUCCUUCUAUCUUGUUUUGGGUUUUAGACUCCUAGAGGGAGUCCAAACUCUGAAAACACAGAUAGUCCUGUUCAGCUGGUGCUGUGGAAACUCCACAACUCUGUAUUGAUGACUGCAUCAUCUCCCUGUGCACCUGAAAGGAACUGCAGGGUGCAAAGCAAGUCCACUUUCUAUGUCUGCCCUACAGUUAAGAUUUACCUUGCCCAAACCACAUUUAGACCACUGAAUUGUAUCAACAAAUCUUCAGAAAUGAUUUUAACUUACAAACUUCUCAUGUAACGUCAAAGGCAAAAGGGUGGUGGGGAACUGGCAAUAAAUCAAGAAAUGUAAAAACUGAAAA